AGUACGAAAAUAAAACGGCAACCCUGUCCUCAAAUCAUCGAAUUCUAAUUUUUAGUGAAGAUAGGUUAUGAGAGGUGUAGUAAUAAAUUGGAUUUUUAAACCAUAUUAUGAUUGUUUCUACUUUUUUACUGAGAAGGACUCAGUCACAGAUGAAAUGUACAUCUCAUCUUUUAACACGUAGAACUUCAUCUAAUGUGGAGCAAAAAAUAGAAAUUCCAAAGAGAAUACCACGAUCUCCUACCGACAUUUUACGUGCUUUAGAAAGCACCAUUUCGAGAGAUCCCACAGCUGCCCAUUACAAGUACCACGAUGAUCCCUAUCUCAUCCCUAUGUCAAAUAUCGGCAAACGCACCUUUGCUAUGGCCCAAGAGGCUGGUCGAAAAGCUGCUCAUUGGAUAAGGAGUGAACACGCAGACUUAUUCAAUCACAGGGAAGCUGAUCCUGUUAUUGAAGCAUUUCUACCUAAAAUGGUGUAUAAUGAGAACAGUAAAGUCACAGAAGAGGAUCUCAUAAAAACUAUUUCGGAUCAGGAAGUUUCCGAUUCUCAAUUGGUCUAUAAGCUCUUGAAAGACCAAGGAGUUACAGUUUCAAAUAGGUCCUGCCAGGCAUUGCUCGAAUUAUUAUGCUACAGUAAUGGGGAAGAUGUGCUAUCUAGUGAGUAUAUUGAAGAAAGGUGGUUCAAACAAGGGACAAAAUCCAAGGAAAGGGCAAGAAAAACUUGGAAAGAUUCCAAUUUUGCAGAAGAAUUGUUUAUCAGCAUGGAAAAUCCUUCUGCUGAAUCCUAUUCAGCACUAAUCCAAGGAAUGUGCAAAUAUUACAGUGUUGAUAGAGCAUGGCAACUAUUUGAAGAAGCACAGCAGAAGGGGUUGGUUUUGCAUACCAACACCUACAACUCACUCAUAAGUAUAGCUAAUUUCUUGAAAGAAAGUCAUGAUAUGCAGUGGAGUUUUAUUACAAAUCUGUUGAGUAAUAUGAACAGUGCUGGCAUUAAACCUAAUUUAGGAACUCUUAAUGCCAUACUCUAUUCUCUGAGUACAAUGGGUAGUGGCCAAAGUCCAAAAGAAGCAGUUUUGAAAGUACUGCGAGAGUUCAAGGAAUUGGGGAUCGAGCCAUCCCUGGGUUCUUGGUAUUUUGUUCUGAUAACCUACUGCAAAGAAAGGGGGGCAAUAAGUACAAUACUGCAUGAUAUCAUGACCCAAGUAGAGAAUAAAGAACACAACAUUAGAGAUAUCAGUGAUGUUAAUUUCUUCGUCACUGCAAUGGAUAUUUGUAGAAAUCAUCUGCGAGAUGCAGAACUUGGCAAGAGGGUUCACAAGUUGCUUCUUCUAGGAAAUAAUUACAAUUUGAUUGGAGAUUCUUAUAAAGAGUCAAUAUAUUA